UCAACAUAAUACUUGAAUGCAAAAAAACUUCAUUAGACUGCUGGGUUAUAAACUCUCCCGAAUUCCUUCAAAUAUGGUGUCAAGCUAUCUUGAAAGAAGCAUUUUCACUUGUUUUCACUUACCUUCUCUAUCUCUACAAGACUAUACCUUUCUGUUCCAUGUCUGUGCAUAUGCUUGGCAUUGCAUUAUUACAUAUUUUCCAAUUCCCAACAAUUCAAAAUGAUCUUUUUUCUAAUUAAUUAACAUAAUAACAUGUUGAACAUGUAUUGCAUGUGUGGCCAUUUAGAUUAUGCUCACCACCUGUUUGAUCAAAUGCCAAGAAGAACUUUUGUUUCUUAGACUGUUCUCAUUUAUUGGUAUGUUUGGCUUAAUAAAAGAGUGUUUUGCGUUAUUCUCUAUCUCUAGCAUGUCGGGUUGCUUUCGACCUCUGUCUGCUAGAGCAUCACUAUUAAACCAACAAAAAGUAUGGACACAGUACCGUCCUAUUUUACACACACAAUAUUAUUUUCUUAAGGUAGAAAAUAUAACUCAAAUCCAUAAUCCGCAAUCUGCAAUCUGCCAAGUGAAAUGGGAAUCCAUGGUCUAUUGCCGCUACUCAAAUCCACAAUCCUUCCAAUUCACAUCAAAGACCUUUACCGCUGCUCUGUCGCCAUCCACACAUAUUCUUUCCUCCACAAAGGCGCCCUUUCUUGCACCACUCACCUCUGCAAAGGAAUACCCACUCCCAGGCUACUCACCCAUCUCAGCUGUUUCUAUUUUGAAUUGAGUUGUUUUUUAGUGUUCUCUUUAUGAUUAUUUUGUUGAGGUUUUCUUUGAUUUUAUAUUUGGCACAAAAUCAGUGAAUCAAAAUUUGUUUUUGAGUUUUUGUGUUCAAUCAAUUUUGCAUGCUUAUUUUCAAUAGGUUUGGGUUGAAUUUAUAGGGCUAACUAGAAUUUGUGUUAUUAUUACAGACACAUUGAGUAUUGCAUGCAUAGAGUGUCAUCUCUGAUUUCUUAGCUGGUUUUUUAAACCAUAUGAUCUCAUAAUCCAGGUUGAUGUUGUUGUUAUUGCGUUUUUAUUUAUGAAACGAUUAUUUUGUAUGUUAUAAGUGCAGGGCUAGAAAGGAUAAUUUUGAACGUGCAAUUGAACAUGAUUCAAAUGGAGAUUCUACAUAUGCCUAUGAGUGUUACCAAAAACGCUGUUGAUAUUUCGCCUGUGAUUGCGCGAGAAAUAAUUAAGGUAGAAAGGAAUUCAGUUUAUCAGCGCUAGAGCUAGCUGUUGAUACUCCCUCUGCUCCUUAUUAUAAGAAAAAGCUUGUUUGUCAUUUUCCAAUUUGAUGCAAGGAGCUGAAGCUUCCAAUUCUUCCAUGGAUUAUAGUAACAAUCAAACCUGUAGAUAUGAUGUGUUUAUCAGUUUCAGAGGUCCCGACACACGCAACAAUUUUGUCGACCAUCUUUAUGAUCAUCUAACUAGAAAGGGUAUUUUUGCCUUCAAGGAUGAUAGGAGGCUUGAGAAAGGAGAUUCCCUUUCCCCACAACUUCUACAAGCAAUUCAAAAUUCACGGAUUUCUAUUGUUGUCUUCUCUAAAACAUAUGCCGACUCUACAUGGUGUUUAGAAGAGAUGGCUACUAUAGCUGAAUGCCGUAAAGAAUUCAAUCAAAAAGUAUUUCCUAUUUUUUAUGAUGUCGAUCCAUCUCAUGUACGACAUCGGAGAGGGCUGUACCAAAACGCCUUUGAUUUAUACCGGAUGAGAUUCAAACAUGAUCAGAGAAAGGUUGGGAGGUGGAAGAAAGCUAUGGACGUUUUAGCUAACUUAGUCGGUUGGGAUAUCAGGAACAAGCCAGAAUCUAUAGAGAUCAAAAAAAUUGUUCAAGCAAUAAUAAAAACUUUGAAUCAUAAAUUCUCAGGGUUUACCAACGAUCUUGUUGGGAUGCAACCUCGCAUAGAAGAAUUAGAAAAGCUUCUAAGAUUGAGCUCAAUGGAUGAUGACUUUCGAGUAUUGGGAAUUUGGGGGAUGGGUGGAGUAGGGAAGACAACUCAUGCUGCUGCUUUGUACGAUAGAAUCUCUUAUCAGUUUGAUGCUUGUUGUUUUAUUAAUAACACUAGCAAACUUUAUAUGGAUGGUGGCGUGGUUGCUGUACAAAAACAGAUUCUUCGUCAAGCUCUAGAUGAAAGAAAUCUAGACGCAUACGAUACUUGUGAGAUAACUGGGAUUAUGAUAAAUAGACUUCAGAGUGGCAUUAAGGUCCUUCUAGUUCUUGACAAUGUUGAUCAAUAUGAACAAUUGGAGGAAUUGGCUAUAGAUCCUAAAUUGCUUUACAAAGAAAGUAGAAUAAUCAUAACUACAAGGGACGAGCAUAUUCUAAGAGUGUAUGGGGUGGAUAAAAUUCAUGAAGUUCCCCUGUUGAAUAGUAAUGAUGCUUCUGAACUUUUUCGCAGAAGAGCUUUCAAAGGUGAAGACCAAAGCAGCAAUUGUGUUGAGUUGAUUCCAGAGAUACUAAAAUAUGUUCAAAAUCUUCCUUUAGCAAUUAAAGUAGUGGGCUCUUUCUUGUGUAAUCGAGAUGCUACUCAGUGGAGAGAUGCUUUGGAUAGAUUGAAGAACAAUCCAGACAAUAAAAUUAUGGAUGUGCUUCAGAUGAGUGUUGAUGGACUAGAACAUGAGGAGAAGGAAAUAUUUCUGCACAUUGCUUGUUUUUUUAAAGGGGAGAGGGAAGAUUAUGUAAAGAGAAUUCUAGAUGCAUGUGGAUUAUACCCUCACAUAGGAAUUCAAAGAGUCAUUGAGAAGUCACUCAUUACCAUUAAAAACCAAGAGAUUCAUAUGCAUGAUAUGUUACAAGAACUUGGGAAGAAAAUAGUUCGGCACAGCUUUCUCGAAGACCCAAUAUUGUGGAGUAGAAUAUGGCAAUACCAUGAUUUCUAUCAAGUCUUGACAUCAGAAACGGGAACAAAUAAUGUUAAAGCUAUAGUUCUGGAUCAAAAGGAAAGUUUCUCCAAAUGCAGGGCUGAAGGAUUUUCAAAUAUGAGCAACCUUGCACUUCUCAUAUUGUAUCAUAAUAAUUUUUCAGGAAAUUUGGAUUUUCUUUCCAACAACUUGCGGUAUCUUUUGUGGAACGGAUGUCCUUUUACUUCUUUGCCGUCAAACUUUGAACCACAUUAUCUUGUGGAAUUGAAUAUUCCUGAUAGUAGCAUUCAACGACUGUGGGAAGGUCGCAAGGAACUACCUAAUUUGAAAAGGAUGGAUUUGAGCAACUCCAAGUAUCUUAUAGAGACUCCAAAGUUUUUUUGGACCCCAAAACUGGAGCGGCUAGAUUUUACCGGAUGCACAAACUUAAUACAGGUCCAUCCGUCAAUUGGACAUCUUACAGAACUUGUUUUCUUAUGUUUGCAAAACUGCAGCAGUUUGGUUGACCUUGAUUUUGGCAGUGUAUCAAGAUUAAAUUCUCUGAGAGUUCUACGCCUUUCCGGUUGUACAAAACUUGAAAAGACGCCUGAUUUUACCGGGGCAUCAAAUCUUGAAUACCUUGAUAUGGAUGAAUGUACAACUUUAUCCAAAGUUCAUGAAUCCAUUGGGGCUUUGACAAAGCUUAAAUUCUUGAGUUUGAGAAACUGCACAAAUCUGGUUGAAAUGCCUGAUAGGAUUAAGAGGAUGGCGUCCCUUGUAACUCUAGAUUUUUGCGGUUGCUCGAGUCUUACAAUUCUACCCUUGAAACGGACUCGUACUGAUCAUAUGAGAUCUUUGAUUUUUCUAGAUUUAAGCUUUUGCAAUCUUCAUGAAGUACCAAAUACUAUUGGAACGUUACGUACGUUAGAAAGGCUAAAUCUACAAGGAAACAAAUUCCGUUCACUACCUGAUGAUUUCUUUGAUCUUGACAACCUAGCAUAUGUAAAUUUAUCUCAUUGCCAUGAGCUUGAAAGUAUUGAACUCCAAUUUUCACAAAGUACUUCACAAAGUGCUUCAAAAAGUGCUUCUUCAGGAGGAAGAUAUUUUAACAUGGUAGCGGGAUCUCGUGAUCAUAGGUCAGGAUUUUAUAUAUUUGACUGCCCUAAUUUCAUUGUUAAAUCCAAAGACAAAUCCAUAGAAUGUUCAUGGUUACAAAGACUACUUCAGAGUCCCCAUCACUUUCGGGGUGGCUUUGACAUUGUUGUUCCUUGGAAUAGGGAAAACAUUGAUUCUCCGUCAAGUUGUUGUAUUCCAAAAUGGUUCAAUUACCAAUUUGAUAGUGAUUCAAUAGUAAGGAUAGUGGACUUUGACGAGUUUGACAUGAAGUUUGGCUUUGCCUUCUGUGUGGAAUUUGAGGUAAACAAUAGUCCUGCGAGUUCGGGUUUGCCACAAGAUUCAUUUUCCUCAGCACUCCCACAUCCUUUUUAUCUUUCUUUUGAAAGUGAACACACAGAGGAACGCUUCGACAUGCCACUUAGUUUGGAACUGCACAAAGUUGAUGGCUCCAAACAUCUUUGGCUAAUCUAUAUCUCUCAAGAGCACUGCCAUUUUUUAAAAACUGGAGCACAUAUCACAUUUAAAGCCGGCCCAGGGUUGUCGAUAAAGAAAUGGGGAUUACGCUUGGCAAUCAAGGAUCUAAGGAAAUCAUAUCGUGUGCCAAGCGACUGGGAACACUCAUCGGACUCUUAUGCGCCCCAACUUUUCUUAGAUUAUGUACAAAAAACCAGCAUGAAGUCUGGAACUAAAAUCCAACUUCCGUACAAUUGGUUUGUUACUGAAGAGGAAGAAGUUGAGAAUUCAGGAGCAAAGUCAAAAGAAACUGCUCUUUCUAAUCUGGGCCUUUAGAUAUGCGCCAAACGCACAUCACAUUCCGUGAGCCUUGAGUAUAGGACAUCCAUAUUUUGCACUACAAGUCUGUCCAGUGAAUAUAUCUGAUUAUUUGAAGUUAAGGUUCUGUCAUGAAGCUUAUCAGGUGAAAGAAUACAUGAUAGGUACUGUUAUUCUAUCUCUGUUGAGGAUGAUUGUUGUUAUCAGUUGCAACUUGGGAACUUCUUCAACUUCGCAUAUCUCAUGUUGGACAAACUCAGAAUGUGAUGGUAAAAGUUUCUGUUAGACCUCUUAAAGAAAAUGUGGAUAAAAGGAUUGGGGUAGGAACUGCUCAUUAGAUAGUUUAGUUUAGUGGGCAGUUAUUUAUUUCCUUAGCAGUUAUGUUUUUUAUAUUUCAGCAGUUAUUAGGAAGGGAGAGAUUCAAGAGUUGAAUUUUUGUAAGGAACCGAACUGUUUAUGUGUAAUUUGCUUCAGUUUCUUUUAUUUGCAAUUGUAAUUCUAUUUUGAGAGUUUUUCUCUGGAUUUAUGUUGAAUGUAAAUUCAGAAAUUCAUCACACAAAUCCACUGCUUUGAUCAUUUCUGUCAGUUUCU